AUGGGAGGGGAGCGUCAGGAUGACGUCUACGAGCGGAUCAAGUGGAACGGCUGGGGUCUGAAGGGACUCGAAUUAAAAUACGACGCGGAGAAAAACCUCGUCUUCCACUUGAACGGGAAGCCCAUGCGAGGCCUCCUGAAGUUCAUGCAGGAGGAGCUUCGGAAGCAGACUGGUGAGGUACACCUGGUGAAUUCGCCGGGCAUUUCCGCGGAGGAGGCCGUCACGCGACUUCCCAAGCCUUGCAUUAACCAGGCAUUCCUUCAGGAGCUGCGGCAGGCGCUCGUGGAGGAGCAGGUUCGCCUGGACGGCGAAAGCCGCCUCACACACAUAUUCGGCAAGAACUACAGGGAUCUCUGGCGGGCCAGAAAUGGGAUGAUUGAUCGCGCCCCCGACGCAAUUUGUCUUCCCAACAACCACAAGGACUGCGCGAAGAUUGUGGAGCUGGCGCAUAAGCAUAAUGUGGUCCUUGUUCCUUUUGGGGGCGGCACAAAUGUCACGGGUGGCGUUGAGCCUUCGCCUUUUGAGACAAAGCGCAUGAUUGUUUCGGUUGACAUGCGUCGAAUGGGACGCAUGUUGUCCAUUGACAAGGAGUCCGGGCUGGCUGUGUUUGAGGCGGGCGUUCUGGGCCCCGACAUGGAUGAGCAGCUGCGACCCCACGGCUUCAUGUUUGGUCACGAUCCUGACAGCUACACUCACUCCACUCUUGGCGGGUGGGUUGGUGCGCGCGGGAGCGGUGCCAUGUCAAACAAGUACGGCGAUAUAGAGAACAUGGUCGUUGCGAUGAAGGUGGCAACUCCAAUUGGCGUUGUGGAGACUCCUCUGACUUCUCGACCCUGCGGGGUGGACCUCAACGCCAUGUUCACUGGCUCAGAGGGCGCGUUCGGAAUCAUCACAGAGCUGACGGUCAAGAUUGAACCCAUUCCGGAGGUGAGACACUACGAGGGGUGGAUGUUUCCCUCUUUUGAGGCCGCCUUCUCCGCUUUUCACACAUGCACGCGAAAGGGGGUUCAUCCAUGCACAAUGCGCCUGUACGACGAGGACGACACACGCCUUAGCUUUGCUGCGAGUACAGACACUAGUUUUCUCAGCUCGCUUAUUAGCAGGUGCCUGAAGAAAUACCUGGGGGACAUAAAGCACUGGGAUCUCAAGAAACUCUCUCUGGUCAUCAUCGGCUUUGAGGGAACCAAGUUCCAGACAAAUUGCCAACGACGUGAGUUGUCAGGUAUCUUUAAAUCGUUUGGGGCUGUUUGCGUGGGGUCGAAGCCUGGGAAGUCUUGGAUGGAAACAAAGUACGACCUGCCUUACCUGCGCGACUUGGCUCUCUCACACUGCCUCUGGGCGGAUGUGUUUGAGACCAGUGUUUUGUAUUCGGACGCCAUUCCCUGCUGGCGCGCUGUGAAGGAGGCGUUUGACGCCGUCAUGAAGGAAAACGGAAGGGCCGGCUGGAUUGGGUGCCACACCGCCCAUCAGUACCGGUUCGGCUGCUGCCUCUACUUCACAUUCAUUGGCGAGCAGCACGACGAGAACGACAUUAAGCUCUUUUUGCAAAUCAAGCAACGCGCCAUGGAGGCCAUGCUGCGCCACACAGGGAACCUCUCCCACCACCACGGGAUCGGCUACGAGCAUGUUCCGUGGAUGCAGCGGUAUAACGGCAAGGUUGGGCUGGAGGCAAUUAUGCGGUUUAAGAGCGCGCUUGACCCGAAGAACAUUUGCAACCCCGGCAAGCUGCUCCCCUCUCCGCGGGCGGAGGGCGAGACGUCAGCGGCAGCGGAGGCCCGUCAACGCCGUGAGAUGAUGUUUGACAAGAUGGGGAUUCCGGGCGCGGUGCAGGCCCACCUGUGA